AGGGAAAGAGAUAGAAAGAGAAAGAGAUGGAGAGAAGAGAGCAAGCAAAUCUGUGAGAGAGAGAGAUAGAAAGUACAAGUGAGCUGGAGAGAAACGUUUAAGGGUGUUUAAAAUCCAGAAUUAGACAACAGAGUGUUUUGUCGUCAACAGGUCAGUGGACUCACCGGGAGGAUUAUGUCCAAACCUUCGUCCAACGUCAAAGCCCUUCAGGCUAAUUUGAACAUCCCGAUGGGAGGUCUGCGUCCAGGGGCGGGACAUCCUGUCAAGAGGAGAGAGGAGACAGUUGACAUAGAGGAGGCUCAAUCACCAGAACAGCCCAGCGUCGCACCCCCGACGCCAGAGGAGAAGAAGGCAUUGCCGGGUGCGGUGAAACUGCCGGGGCCUGCUGUUAACCUAUCAGAGCUGCAGAACGUCAAGAGCGAACUACGAUGGGUGACCAAGGACUAACACGAUCCCCCGGCCCCCGGCAGAGAGGAGAGCUGAUAAUCUUCAUAGACACAGACUGGCCCACUGCUACAGAAGGCUAACAAACUACAAGCUAAUCCCAACAUGUUCAGAGACACAAACAGCUUUCUGCCAGGCCGCCGUCCGCGGGAAACCUCCAACAUUUAACUUCUGCUACCAUCGAGAAGCCGGCAUCCAUGAACUCUCUCUUUCAACGAGCGCGUCCAAGCAGGUUGACGUGUUUUUAUCAUCAGAUGCAAAUUUAAAUGGUAAUUUAUUCAAUUAAAAAGUGUUGUAAAGAUGAUUUUUGUUGCAGCUAAGACCUCUCUUUACGUUUAAAAGUCACAAAAUAUUUAUUGCAAACAAAAGCAAUUGUUUUAUUUCAACUCUGGGUCAUUUGGUGACAAUCCACAUGAUCGACUGUGCUUCCUCUUCUCACACAGUCUUUUCCUUACUGUCAAAACUCUGACUGUGCGUCUCCUCAACCCUGAUUCAUACUGACGCUUUCUAUUAAAGCUGGAGUGCGGGACUUUAACAUAUAAAUGAACAUUCAAGCCCUCGUCAAACAAGGUCACACAAAACGUCUCUCUCAGCACCACAGGAGAUUUAAACCUGGCGUCUGCGGCAACAUUUGUGCUGCGUGCGUUGGUCGUCAUGCAUUUUACAUCUACAAGCAAUUUACUAGAAGCAACCGUGGAGAAAGCAUCUAGUAGCGUGGCCGGAGAAACGUCCAGAUUAAAACAGAGAGUUGGCUUUAGGAGGAAGGAUUUUACUCAGUUGUUCAUUUCUUAAUGUCGUUCACAUGUUUCAGAUCAGUUGUGUUACUUUUUAGAGGGAAACUAUGAGGACAAUUUUGUUGUUUCAUGGUAGUGAUGAUUGAUAUCUUCAGGAAAAAUAUGGCAAUAAAAUCAAGAUUGUUCCAAAAAGUC